ACAACUAUGAUAUAUUGGAUAUGACAAAGCUCUGUUUCUAUCUAAUACAUAAAUUCCAUCUCACCUCUUAACAAAACAACCGGCAAGAAAGUUAAGACCAACAUUUACCGACCGCCCCUACGGCCCUUAAGAAUUAUACACACGGCUGGGAGGAUAAACAUCCAAGGCUGGGCAGAGCCCCUGUCUUGUCGGAUAAACCCCCCCACCGAACCCACUCGAAUCCAAUCCGACCCAUCAAAACGAACAUGCUUUCGAAUAUUCCUCUGCCAUUUCCCCAUUUUAAACCCCGAAACCCAUAAUUCUUCAACCUGUCUUUUUUCAUCAUGAACUACUCGGUUUCUUCUUCUCUCUCCGACCAACUUCACCUCCUUGGAAAAGCCGAGGUUUUUAAACUCCAUGGUCGUGAUAGAGCUGGCCGCAAUGUCUUCCUCAUUGUUGGAAAACACUUUCCAGCUCGGUUCGUGAGCACCCAGGCUGUGAAUCUCUAUCUGAAGGAUAAGAUUUUCCCCUUCGUCAAAGAUGGGCCCUUCACGUUGGUGUACAUUCACACAGAUGUUCACUGGACAGAGAAUUUCCCUGGAAUCUCCAAUCUCAAGGCAAUCUAUGAGUUCAUUCCAACAAACAUUAAGAACAACCUUAAAGCUGUUUAUUUUGUCCACCCCGGUUUGCAGGCUCGUCUGUUCUUCGCCACUGUCGGCCGCCUAAUUCUGGGCGCCGAGCUGUAUAACAAAGUGAAAUAUGUGAAAAGAGUGGAGUUUCUAUGGGAGUAUGUUAGAAGGAAAGAGAUAGAGUUACCGGAGUUUGUGUAUGAUCAUGAUGAGAAAUUGGAGUUCUGUCCUGUGAUGGACUCUGGCUUGGAAAGUGAUUAUCUCAGGCUCUUCUCCGCCUCGCCGUCUGUGGAUUCUGCGGUUUCUACGUACUCCUCCAUGAGGUGUUUUGCUUGAUGGUGAAGACUCAAUGAUGGAGUUGGGAUACAUGGGUCUUUUUGGGUUUUGUUGUAGGAGUUCUUUUGGUAGUAUUGGUAGUAAAUAUUGUGAGUAGGGACUUUCCGUAGGCAAAGUUAAAAGGUUUAUGAGCUUUCCUUAUAAAGAAACAAAUAUAAAGGCAGAUGAUUCUUCUGAACUCA